ACUCGAGUCAAAAUAGCUUCUCCUUUAUAAAACAAAAAGAGAGCUAAAACGAAAAGAAAAAGAAAAAGCUGAGUGUAAGGGAUAUCAAUCAUAUCCUCUUCUCGACUCAAAAGCUACUACCUGCGUAUAAAUACCCUUCUCGUAAAAAAACAGGGAAAAAGAAAAUCCAAAAAGGAUCUCUCUCUCGCGAUCCAUGGCAGAAAAGCUCGACGAAAAACCCUAGAAGAGCCUCAUCGGUACAGAAUCACUGAAAAGAGCCUUCGGAUGUAUUGAAAUUCCUCUUGAUCUGGAAACGAGAUGAAUCGGUUUUCUUUUGAGCUGGAUUUUUUCCUUCGAUUUUUAUGUUCUUGAUUUUAAUGGAUGUCGAAGAAGAGGAUUUGGCAGUGGAAAGCCGGAUCGGCUGCGAUCUUAGUGUCAUUCUUCUCUAAAUAAGCAAGAUUGUAAGGGGAGAACAGGAAAGAUGGGCGGCAUUUGUUGCAAGCCUUCUGCUAUCGAUGAUAGUCGUGAGAGUCCGAGAGAGAGAAUACCGAGUAAAUUUCCGUCGAAAGGACGGAUUGCAGCGGCGUCGUCCUCUUCUUCUUCUUUGAGGAGGGAAGAUAUUGUUCAGGGGAAGGACGGAAUGGAUGGUGGAGAUGGAAGGGUGGUGGUGUUUGAGAAGCAAGGGAACGGUUUGAUACAAGCAGACGGUGAGAUUUCCCAGAGGAAAAGGGAAAAACAGGGGCAUGAUCGUCAUCCGGGCAUAGGGAGUAUUCCGAAGGCUUCAGAAGGGGAGCAGGUCGCCGCUGGUUGGCCUGCCUGGCUCGUGGCGGUGGCUGGUGAAGCAAUCAGGGGGUGGGUCCCACGGCGAGCAGAUUCUUUUGAGAAGCUCGACAAAAUAGGCCAAGGAACUUACAGUAACGUUUACAGGGCACGUGAUCUUGAUAAUGGAAAAAUCGUUGCUUUGAAAAAAGUACGAUUUGAUAACCUUGAGCCUGAAAGCGUUCGUUUUAUGGCUAGGGAGAUUCACAUUCUGCGCAGACUUGACCACCCAAAUAUAAUAAAAUUGGAAGGAUUGGUAACAUCACGAAUGUCUUGCAGCUUGUACCUUGUUUUUGAGUAUAUGGAGCACGAUCUUGCUGGGCUUGCUUCCUCUCCUCGUCUCAAGUUCUCUGAGCCGCAGGUUAAAUGUUACAUGCAACAACUGCUGUGUGGACUUGAUCAUUGUCAUAGUCGCAAUAUUCUACAUCGUGACAUUAAGGGUUCAAAUCUUCUAAUUGAUAAUAGUGGCAUCUUGAAAAUAGCUGACUUUGGCUUAGCUAGUUUUUUUGACCCGGAUCGAAGGCAUCCAUUGACCAGUCGUGUAGUUACGUUGUGGUAUCGACCCCCAGAACUUCUACUUGGAGCCACUGACUACGGGGUUGCAGUGGAUUUAUGGAGUACUGGAUGUAUACUAGCAGAACUAUAUGCGGCCAAGCCUAUCAUGCCUGGAAGAACUGAGGUGGAGCAGUUGCAUAAAAUUUUCAAGCUUUGUGGCUCGCCAUCGGAGGAUUAUUGGAGGAAAUCAAAAUUGCCCCAUGCAACCAUUUUCAAACCACAGCACCCUUAUAGACGUUGUGUUGCUGACACUUUCAAAGACUUCCCUCCAUCAGCUUUAGGGCUUUUGGAUGUUCUUCUUUCCAUAGAUCCAGCUGAUCGUGGAACUGCAGCUUCUGCCCUUAAGAGUGAUUUCUUUACAACAAAACCACUUGCUUGUGAUCCUUCGAGCUUGCCCAAAUAUCCUCCGAGCAAAGAGUUUGAUGCAAAAAUACGGGAUGAGGAAGCUAGAAGGCAAGGGGCUUCGGGAGGGAAGGUGCAGAGGAUUGAUCAAGAAAGGAAAGGGCGAAGAGAAUCUAGAGCAAUUCCAGCACCUGAUGCCAAUGCUGAAUUAGCCGUGUCAUUGCAGAAAAGACAAGGUCAGUCCAAUUCCAAGAGCCGGAGUGAGAAGUUCAAUCCGCAUCAGGAGGAAGUUGCUUCCGGCUUCCCAAUAGAUCCACCCAGGCAAUCCCAUGCUCUAGAAGAGGCAUCUGAAGAUUCUCAGGUGCAUUUUCCUAAUAGAGCCUCACACUCGGGGCCUCUAGUUCACCGAAGUGCAUGGGCAAAGUCUCGGCAAAAUGAGGAUGGUGCUCCAAAGAUUUCAACUGGGGCCGAUUUGUCAGCCUUUUCUGGUUUAGUAGCAGCAAGGAGGAAGGUAGAUGACCACAGGGAAAAGAUUGACCCUUCUCAGUCAGAAGCUACUAAUACAGCUGGAAGGUUGCUGGAAUAUGGUGGUGAGGCCCCAGAAUCUGCCAGAAAGCAUGAUCCCACAUCUCAUAAAAAAGAUGGAAGGAUGGGCCACAAGGACCCAAUAUCGCUUGGUUACGGGUCAAAGGGCAACAAGAUUCACUAUUCAGGGCCGUUGUUACGCCCAUCAGGCAACGUUGAUCAAAUGCUCAAGGAUCAUGACCGACAGAUCCAAGAAGUCGUCCGACGAGCACGGCUUGAUAAAGCGAGAAUGAAGAAACUUCAGGCAGAAGCGAACCAUAUUCAACCAAAGCCUCAUAAUGGCAGCAGUUUCUCAAUAUUUGCCUCCGGCCGGGAAGCUGUAUAGGUCUUGAGAUUGGAGCAUAAAUGCAGCAUUCUGUGUGAAGAGAUGCAGUAAAAUAGGGGGAGGUGGCUUGCUCCUUUUUGGUUCAUGUAAAGGGGGAUGGGGAGGGAAUGCAGUGGUUUUAUGUAAAGGGGUGUCACGUAAUGCCUGUUGUUACUGGGAAUAUUUCCUAAGGCGAGGAAUGGACAGAAUCAAAUUGGUGGGGGAAGGUGGGCCAUUUGAGGUAAUUAAUUAAGAUUACUGAGGUACUCCAUUUGCUACAGUUGAAGAUGUUGGCAGAUACUGGCGAUAUCUUUAGGGAGAGUGGGUGAAGAGAAUAAGCCUGGAGGUCUGGUCUGAAGGCAGGAUCCCUUGCACAUUGCCAAUGUGGUAGCUGCGCGCAAGACGCCCUAUCAUCAGGUGGGCCACAUGUAUGAGUAUGGAUCAUCUUUCAUAAUUUUCUGAAUCGUCGAUCUCAUCUCAUACAUGUGGUAAACUGAUGAGUGGACUGGCCUGGUUUUGCUGCCAAGACAUGUACAUGGUGCACACCUGGAUCUUGUAGAACGUGGCCUAUUGAUAUAUGUGCUGCUAUUGCCUUUGUUACUGUCAUGCUGAACACUUCAGGUCUUGAACUUUUCAGAAGAAGUUGAUGCAGGGUUGCUUGA